UGCUCUGCUCUGCUCUGCUCUGCUCUGCUCUGCUCUGCUCUGCUCGUCCUCAGUCGAACCGAGAAGCCGACUAGUCGCACGUCACCAUGUCAGACCGCCGCUCAGGGCUCGUGUACCUUAUGACGGGGGGCUGCGGCUUCCUGGGUCGGCACCUGCUGCGAGUUCUGCUGGACUACGAGGGAGACGCGGUGGCAGAAGUUCGAGUAUUUGACAAACACACGGAACCAGGACUCAGUGCGCUCGGAACCGGGCGGACCAAGGUGACCAUCAUCCAGGGCGACAUCACGGACUAUGAGAGCGUGCUGGAGGCAUCCCGCGGCGCCCACGUCGUCAUCCACACCGCCAGUCUGGUGGAUGUCUGGCACAAGGUCCCAGAAGCCCUCAUUUAUGGCGUCAAUGUCACAGGAACGGAGAAUGUGAUUAACGCCUGCGUGGACAACAACAUCUGCAGUCUCCUGUACACCAGCAGCAUGGAAGUGAUCGGACCCAACAUGAACAGGGAACCCUUUGUCAGGGGGAACGAAGACACACCCUAUCAAGUGAAGCACACCAUGGCUUACCCCAAGAGCAAGGCCAAGGCCGAAAAGAUGGUCCUUGAAGCCAAUGGAACAAAGGUGCGGAAUGGUGAGCCUUUGCACACGUGCUCUUUGAGGCCGACGGGCAUCUACGGCGAGGGCCACGAGCUCAUCAAAGACUUCUACAAGCUGGCCGUCAAAAGGGGAGGCCUGAUCAUCGGCGGCGUCCCCGACACCACCGAGCACGGCCGAGUCUACGUGGGCAACGUGGCGUGGAUGCACGUGCUGGCCGCCCGGGCCCUGCGCGAGCGUCCGCAGACCGUGGGCGGCGAGGCCUUCUUCUGCUACGACGACUCGCCCUACAAGAGCUACGAGAACUUCAACAUGCUCUUCCUGUCCACCUUCAAGUUCCGCCGCGUGCGCAUGCCGCUGUUGCUGCUGUGGUUCCUGGCCGUGCUCAACGACGUCCUGCGCUGGCUCCUGACGCCCUUCUGCAACUUUGCGCCCCUCCUCAACAGCUACACCCUGGCCGUGGCCAUCACCUCCUUCACCGUGGGCACGGACAAAGCGCUGCGCCACUUCCAGUACCGCCCGCUGUACGACUGGGACCAGUGUCGGGAGCGCACCCAGAAAUGGGUGGACACCUUCCCCCUGGAGGACCCAAAAAACACCUAAUCCCCCCCCCCCCCUCGUGCCGCUACAGUAUUUUGUACCUCACACUAACAGGGGGCAAUAAAACACCAAAGAUUCAUCCUUCACUUGAUCAAGUUUGGUCAACAGAAACAAACACACAGGCCUCAGUGUUGAAGAAGACUGAAAUGUGGCCAUAAAGAUUCUCGAAGUAUCUUCCCAUCCACAAGGUGGCGGCGAUGGUAAUAUGCCACUGCGUGAAAAUAGUAACUUCAACACUAAACGCUUGCCUGCGGAGUAUUUCAGUCAAGUUUGAUGUGUCCGUGGAGUCAGACAAUUCGACAAUAGCAAACUGUGGGAUUACAAGACGGGACCCUGUUAUUUUUCAACGUUUUUGUGUUGUAUUUUGAAGAUAUCAAAUUGAUUAUAAUGAUUAACAAGUAUGACAAAUG